AUGCUCCGAGUAGAAUUCACUCGCAAAAGACGGGGCGGAGAGGUAGACGGUGCUACUAAAAGGCAAAGGAUCGAGUCUGAGGAACAAGAAGCCUCCGAAGGGCAACUCGAAGAAUCACUCGAGGAGCAACUUGAAGAUACCACCGAAGAAGACACCACGUACGGCGAAACUAAAAGAAAACAAAUCGAUAUCUCUACUCUAGAUCUCGAUAAGUCCUAUGAAGAUGAGAUAGAAUGGCCGCCUAAGAAAGUCGAGCAACCAAGAAAACGAUGGACAUGGGAGGAAGGAAUAAUGCCUGGUAUGUUUGAGCAGCGAUUAGAGCAGUACAGGAUAGUUGAGGCACAGCGAGAAAAACUCAAAAUCAAUGAACCCGAAGGCCUAAGCUGGGACGUCUACACGCGAAUCAACACACUCAAGGAAAUAAAAGAAGAUGUCCUAGGCAACGACGAGUAUGUGCAGUUUGAGCAGGUUCCAAGUAUCGACGCAUUACUAGAGCUUAUCGUAGGGAAACAGCUUUCACAGCCACGGCGAUUUGAUUGGGAUGAAUUCGAAGCUCUUAAUAAAGCUCAUGAGGGACAUAAGGGAUUUUUGGUUGAAGCAUACCCGAUGUCCCUAAGACUUGUAGGCUACCCCGGUGAGGCACAGAUAGACGUCCUCCACGACACAGGUUCUUCAGUAAUGCUCAUCUGGCAAAGCGAUCUUCGCCUAGCAAUGGGAGCACUAGGUCCACCCGAGGGCUACCCAGCAGUCAUAUCCGUUGGCAUGACACAAAUAGGCAGCGAACAAGGCACGUUGGCCUACCCCGUCGUUGAGGUAGAGGUAAGGCUACCCUCAGACGAUGACGAUAAUAGUCCAAUGACCCGAUGGACACGGGGGGUUUUCGGCGUUGGGUAUGGGACAAUUUAA